CCCGUCUCCAUCCAAAAUCCAAAUCCCGCCUCCCUCCUCCUUCCUCCAGCCGCUGGACGCGCCGGUGGUCGGUCCUCGCCGGCGCUCGCCCUCACUCACCGUCGCUGCAGGAAGAAGCGAGCGAGACCACUCUGUCCAGUGUCUCUUCCGUCCGUCCUCCUCCCACCAGAGUAAGGAGUUGGUCUUUGCCGCCCGCAUUCACUGCCGCUGCAGGAACUAGACGGCGGCAAUGUCGCGCCUCCAGCCCCGCUCUUUCUCCAGCCCCGUCUCCUCACGAGUCAGCGAGCUGCUGGAUGAAUUCAAAUAUCAUCUGGGCUCUGGGACGCUCUGGCCGGAGCUCGCGCACCAACUGUUCGACGAAAUGCUGCGCCAACCCGUCCCGGUUUCAGCACGCGCACUCGGCGGCUUAUUUUCUGCCCUCGCGCGUGCGCGGCCCUCAACCGCCUGUACUGAUGGCCCCGCCCUCGCCAUCGAUCUCUUCAACCGCCACCGGAUAGCACCUGACAUUUACACCUACAACAUACUAAUUAACUGCUGCCACCGAGCAUGCCGCCCAGACCUAGGGCCUGCCUUCUUCGGAUGCCUUCUCAAGACAGGCAUCACGACGGACGUCAUUACCUACAGCAGUUUAUUGCAGUGCUUCUGUGACAUGAAGCGGACAGAGGAAGCUCUGGACCUGCUGCUCCAUAGGGUGAGUGAUAACCUGCCUGAUGCCAUCUCCUACUCAGUUAUUCUCAAGAGCUUCUGCGACAACGGAAGGAGCCAGUGUGCGCUUGACCUGCUCCAGAUGAUGGCCAAAAAAGGUGCUGACCAUUCCCCCAACGUGGUCUCAUACAACUUGGUAAUCAAUGGUUUCUUUAAGGAGGGUGAAAUAAGCAAAGCAUGUGAUCUGUUCCAUGAAAUGAUACAACAAGGGUUUGUUCCCGAUGUGGUGACGUAUAACUCUGUUAUUAAUGCACUGUGCAAAGCAAGAGCAAUGGACAAGGCAGAGGUGGUCCUUCGAUCGAUGGUUCAUAAUAGUGUCCAACCGGAUGUUGUAACAUAUAAUAGCUUGAUCCAAGGAUUUUUAACUACGGGUCAGCUGAAAGAAGCCUUUAGGUUGUUGAAAGUGAUGAGAAGCCAAGGUGUUAUGCCAAGCGUUGUUACUUGCACCUCAGUCAUGGACUACCUUUGCAAGCAUGGAAGAAUCAAAGAAGCUGAGGAAACAUUUUAUUCCAUGGCCGUGAGUGGCCGAAAACCAGAUACAGUCUCAUACUCUAUUAUGCUCCUUGGGUACGCUAUAGAAGGAUCCCUUGUUAAAAUGAUUGAUCUCUGUGAGAUGAUGGCAAGAGAUGGAGUUGUACCCGACCUCCGUUGUUUCAACAUACUGAUUAAGGCAUAUGCUAAGUAUGGCAGGAUGGAUGUGGCCAUGCUUUUCUUUGAAGACAUGUUGAAGCAGGGUGUGAAGCCUAAUGGAUUCACUUAUUUAAUUGUGAUAUCUGCAUUUUGCAAGAUGGGCAGGAUGGAUGAUGCGAUGGAAAAAUUCAAUGAGAUGAUUGAUAUGGGAGUACCACUUGACACAGAAGUUUACAUGUGCAUGGUUGAGGGUUAUUUUAAUCAUGGUGAUUCCAUGAAAGCCGAGGAAUUUAUUACUAAAAUGAAGAACAGGGAUAUUCAUCAUAAGCCAUGGAAAGGUAAUCGAUGAACAUGGCAUCUUUGACUUGGUUACCCAUACCGGUGAGAGGCCUCAUCCUACUGCAUUCACUAAAAUUAUCAAUGGAUAUUGCUUAUCGCCAAGAUGGAGAAUGUUUAGAGUACUUGAUGCUAUGAUAUCAGUUGGCGUGAGGGCUGUUGUUGUUACGCAGCACUUAACUUACCAUGGUUAUGCUCUCAUCUUCUUGAUAUGCAUUAGAUGUGUUGUUAUCCUGAUUACUCCAGCGUGCACUAGAAUUAGAGAAGUGUGAGGUAAGCCUUAUGGUUGUUAGUUGCUGUUUAUCAGUAGUUGGAUAUAGUGCCUACUUCGAAUUUCCUCAAGGCACUGGAGUAUUCAGGGUGGAUAGCGACCUGGCUGAUUAGGUGUUGCAUGCAUAAUUCCCUGUGGCUAAGUCUUAUUUAUAGUUAAUAUAUCAUGGAUGAAAAUCGCUUUUUGUAGGCCUUGCAUGUUUGUGUCAUUCCAAAAGUGAACUAUUGAUAAGUUACAGUUGAGAGUUAUUGCUGUCUUUCGGAGAGAAAGAGAACAGAAGAAUUUCACUUCUCUGCUAUAAAUGAUUUCUAAAGUCCAAACACUACAAUUGGUAUUUGAGCAUGAAGCUUUAGUAUUUGCGCCAAAUGGUUACUGUGAAGAUAUUAUUAGCUGAGUUAUUCUUCCUGGCAGCACCUUGCUGUGAUGAUGAUACUGUAUUAGCCAUUAUGCUUAUGCCUAUAUGUAUCAUUUCAG